AUGGCAGACAGUCGACAGCCAGAAGACGGUGCCCCCCAGUGGGACCCAUCAAGAGGACAGGAGCCCGCUGGCACUCACGGAGCCAAUGGCUACCCUUCCUCAGCAUUUAGGACCUGCCAGGCUGGUGGCGCCCACUUGGCCACAUCCUCCUACUCAGCCAGAGAGAAUGGUUUCAAUGGGGAGCUCACUGGUGCUCCUGCAAUAACUGCCGAGCAAGUGUCGGCAAGGAUUGUGCAAGAAGUGACAGCAGAAGCUGUGGCAGUACUGAAGGGAGAACAGGAGACCCAAAGGCUGCCAUCAGUUGAAGACACCACCAAUUUGCCUCCCUCUCCUCCCCCCUCACCUGCUGCAGAACCCUUUGGCCCUCUGGAACAAGAUGUAGGGGAUGAGGAGGAGGCGGGCCCUCUCCGCUGCUUCCAAAAUUCUCGGGAGAGGUGCAAGUUCCUCGCCCCCUCCAUCUCAGUUUCCGUGCCCGAGGACGACCCCUACCACUCCGACGAGGAGUACUAUGAUCACCCAUUGUUCAGCCCAGAGUGGACGCACUCGGGCGCUCGCCCCACAGGGCAGGCUGUGGCCUUUAGACAGAUUGAAGAAGAGACCAUGGAGGCUCUUACAGCUGAAUACGAGGAGGAGGUUGAAGCGGAGGAGGAUGAGGAGGAGGAGGAGGAGGAGAGUGCAGAGGCAGCAGAGUCCGAAGCAGCUCUUGAUGAGCAGCAAUGGAGUGGGGACGAGCCCGAGCUGGACAGCCUCCAAGCUGAGCCCUUAGAGCAGGCAGAGGCCAUAGACGAGGCUCAGGACGUAGACCUGGAGCCAUCCGAAGCUAUUAGUGCUCCUGCAGAAAGCUCUAUGGACAGAGAGGAGGAGGAAGCAGAGGGUGAGGAGAGCCCUGAGGAAGCUUUGAAGAUGGACUCAGACCAGCAGGGCAGUGGGUCCAUGAGCCCAGACAGCAUUGGAUCAGAGAAGCGCCCAGAGGAGUUUUUUGAGCCCCAGGUCCAAGGAUUCUUUGCUGGGGAACGAGUUGUACCAGAGAGCCCUACAAUGGAUAUGCCAUCCUUUGCACCUCAAACCCAAGCCAAAGAAUCUGCCAAACCGCUCACACUUCAGCCUACAUAUGGUGAGCCAAUCACAGUGUCGGAGAAGCAGCCGUCAGUGGAGGUGAUGGAGUUCAGCAGCAUUGCUGCGCCUUCUGAUUUCUGUUCAAUGGGAAUCAAAGUUCAAGGAGAAGACACAACAAGAGAUGCAAGCGACAGAUCUGGAAUGUCAGCAUAUUUUGAAACAUCAGCCACAGAGGCUGACAAGGCUCCCCAAAGUAAGGGUGAAGGUUAUUACGAACUGAGCAGAGCUGGCGAAGAGAAGAGUCCAAUUGAUUCCAGGUCUCAGGAGAUAAGUUACACUACCCUGGCUGGAGCCCAGGAUCAAUCUGAAAGUAAAACAAGUACGACAGAAAAUACUGGAGUGUUUGCAGUUCCUGACAGGAAUAAUGAAUGCAGGCUUUCCCCAGGUAAACUGGCCUUGGAACAGAGGAGUUAUUCACUUAACAUCACCAUUGGAGCAAUUGAUCACAGUGGCCAAGGCAAACCCAAGCACUUCUCCCCACUGGCCACAGAUAUAAUGUCAUUCACUAGUGGAAGUCUAGAUGAAUCAGCAGACUACCUCCCAGUUACUACACCCUCUGUGGAAAAGCCUCCAUCCUUGCCUCCUCUGAUUCUGGAGACUGCAGCCUCCAUCACCUCAGAUUGCUCAUCUCCUCCAAGGACCAGUGAACUAGAUUCAAAACCUAGCCCUGAACCAGAGUUGCCUGAAUCACCCGAGCUCCACAAGAAUACUUAUAAAAAUGGCACAGUGAUGGCACAAGACUUGCCUGAGAUGCUGGACCUGGCUGGUACCCGUUCAAGACUAGCAUCCGAGAACAAUGACCCAGAAAUAAUCAGAAGAAAGUCAAUUCAAGCUGAUGUCUCUGCCUUCGCUGAUGACCCACUGGCUAGCCUAAUUUCAGGGGAACAAAGUCCUGGUCCCAUAAGAAGUGACAGCCAGCUUGAGGAGUUGGGUUAUUGUGUGUUCAGUGAAUAUUCAGGGCCCAUGCCAUCCCCUGCAGAUGUGUUUAGCCCUACAAACAUUCCUGCACAGGUCUUCACCCCCUCUGUUCUGCAGGAGAAAGUGGCUGAACAGGCAAGGAGGCUUGCAGUCAGAGACUCGUCUUUGGAGGAAAGCACCCAGCAAUUAGCAGCUGCAGAGGUCACUGAGGAGAAAGAUCAGAAGCAGUUAGAUAGAAAGGUUUCCACCGAAGAAAAAGACAAGCAGAUUGCGGAUGGUCAGUUGACUAAAUCUGUAAGUGAGCAGAAGAAACUGUCUCCUCUGCCCAGUGAGUCUUUUGUGACCCCAACGGUCACAGUGACUCUAGAAGAAGGUGGGAGGUCAGUGAGUGAGACUGAACGACAGGCCAGUGGCGAAGGCUCAGCAUCAGAAACCGAGAUCGCUGACUACGAGAGGCAGAUCCGCAAAUUGGAGAUGGAGGACAGACCUCUCAGCAUGGAGGAGGAACGGGAACUGCAGGAGCUUCGGGAGAAGGUGAAGCUGGUCCACCAGGAGGCCUAUGAGGAAGUGGAUGCCGAAGAUGUGUACCAGUUGACCGGCGUGGCCAAGGACCGAAUUGCCAGACCUGUCAAAACUUCACCCGCGUCAUCUGUGGAGAGCAACAUCGAAGAUGACAAGCUGCUCUCCCCUGUGCUCUCACCCUCCAAGCUCAAACAACGAGAGGUUUAUGGCUCCCCUAAAAGAUCAGUGUCCCCAGUAACAAAAGACGAGAAGGCUAAUGAAGAGUUAGAGAGAAAAGUAAAAGAAGACCAGGAGAGGGAAGAAGCUGAAAAGAAAAUGAAAGAAGAUGCAGAGAAGAAAGCGAGAGAAGAGACAGAAAGGAGAGAGAAAGAAGAGAGGGAGAAAGAAGAGGCAGAGAAGAAAGCGAGAGAAGAGAGGGAAAGGAGAGAGAAAGAAGAGAGGGAGAAAAAAGAGGCAGAGCGGAUAUUGAGUGAAGAAAAAGAAAGGAAGGAGAAAGAACAAAAAGAGCUGGAGGCAAAAGAGAAAUUAGAGAAAGAGAAGAAAGAGAAAGAGGAGAGAGAGAGGAAAGAGAAAGAAGACAUGGAGAUCCAAGAACGACUAGAGAGAGAAAAAAUGGAGAGAGAAAGGAAAGAUCUAGAAGAAAAAGAAAGAAUUGAGAAAGAAGUGAGGGAAAAGGAAGCGAGAGAAAAAAAAGAGAGGGAACUAAAAGAGAAGGAAGAGAAAGAGAAAGUUGAAAGGGAACUGAAAUUGAAGGAAGAGAGGGAGAAAGCAGCAGAGAUGGACAAGAAGGUUGUGGACAAACCUGGGGAGAUAGCAACACAACCAGGUGAUAAAGGAGAUGUGGAGGAACAGGGAGGAGAGGAGGACAUGUUGGAGAAACCAGGGGCAGCAGCUGGAGCAGCAGUCACGAAGGAGAUCUCUGAGACUCGUGCUGCCAUUGAAUCAGUGGUGACAGUCGAAGACGAUUUCAUCACUGUAGUCCAGACCAUUGAUGAAGCGGAGGAGGCGGGACAUAGCGUUCGUUUCUCGGCUCCGCCUGAGGCCGAAACCUGUGUCGCUGCCCAGAAAGAUCAAGAGGAGGAGGAGGAGGAGGAGGAAGAGGAGGAAUCUAUGGAGUUGGCCCAGGAAGCUGAAAUGGAGGCUGCCAGUUUAGAGGAGGUGGCUGACGUUCCUGAGACCUCUGCCUUCCUCGAAAAGGAGGCAGAAACCAUCGAGACAGAGGGACAGACAGAAAGCUAUGACAGAGAUGAGACCACAAUGGAUGACUCCAUCCUGGACAGCUCCUGGGUUGACACUCAAGAUGAUGAUAAGAGCAUGGCAACAGAGCAGAUCGAGUCCUUGUCCAAGGGGCCCAGCCCAGUUAAGACGCCUGGUGUGGUCUCAAGCAAACACUCACAACAGAAGAAGCAAGAGAAACAGGAGAAGCUAUUCAAACCGAAGGCCAAAGGAGGGCGCCCUAGAGGUAGAAUCUCCACACCAGAGCGCAAACCUGUCCGCAAGGAACCUGUCUGCAUCCCCAGAGAGGAGGUCAAGAAGAAAAAAGCUGUGAUAAGGAAGACUGAGCUGACUCACAUUCAAUCACCGUCCAAGAGGACUCUGAUGAAACCAGCAGUACGCGAGACCCGCCCCACCCACCACUCCUGCCCCAGAAGGAGACAUACAGAAGCCCGACCAGACGGCCGUCAGCCUCUCAGUGUUGCAAGACAGUCUCAUGACAGAGCAUCAGAUGGUGGAUCACGGAGCCCAGACAAGAAGUCUGUGCCGCGGCACACCUCCAUUCUGAGUCGCCGUGGGCACCAUGACCAGGAGGAGAGUUCCACCUCCAUCACCAGCUCCGGCUCGACGGCUCCCCGCAGACCCACAUCGUUCCGCACUGAGAUGAGGGCAGAGCACAGGACAGGACGAGCCCCAAGUAUGACAGUUGCAGAAUCAAUGCGCUCGCGUUCAGCUCGCAGUGGCCACUCCACUCCCCGCACCCCGGGGUCCACAGCCAUCACCCCAGGGACCCCUCCCAGCUACUCGUCAUCAUCGAGGACCCCUGGAACCCCUCGCUCCCUCAGCUUGAUUUCCCAGGAGAGGAAGGUGGCAGUAGUCAGCACCCCACCCAAGUCACCCGCAACCACACCCAAGCAGCUUCGCAUCAUCAACCAGCCACUGCCUGACUUCAAGAACAUCAAGUCCAAGAUCGGCUCCACAGAGAAUAUCAAGUACCAGCCCAAAGGAGGACAGAAGCACACGGACCAAAAUACGCCGCCAGAGGCCAAACACAAGGCUUCUUGGAUUUGGAAGUCACUGCUGCGUCUCAUCUCUGUCACUCUGUGUGUGUCAGCGGCACAGAGUGUGACCUGGACAAAAGACCUGCUGAAUCAUAUUUUAAACAGGAGGCCGGACUUCAGUCACGCACUGUCAAAAUGCAGCUCCAAGGAGAAUCUGAAGCACUCUCCUCGUGGAGGCAAUGUGCAGAUACAGUACAAGAAGAUUGACUUGAGCCAUGUGACCUCCAAGUGUGGCUCUCUUGACAACAUCCAUCAUCGACCUGGGGGCGGUCACGUGCGUAUAGAGAGUGUGAAGUUGGACUUUAAAGACAAGGCCCAAGCCAAGGUGGGUUCCCUGGAUUAUUCUCGCCACAUGCCUGGUGGAGGCCAAAUCCCGAUCGAGACCCACAAGCUGGCGUUCCGCGACCAGGCCAAGGCCCGGCUGGACCAAGGAGCCGAGAUCAGUAUCCAGUCUCCAGGCCUGUCCGGCACGGUGUCCCCCAACCGCAACCGGGACAGCCACCUGUCCUCCUCCGGCAGCCUCAACAUGACUGAGUCGCCACAACUAGCGACCCUGGCUGAGGACGUCACCGCAGCUCUGGCGAAGCAGGGUUUGUGAACUCUGGACCCCGGACGCCCUCGCCAUGAUCCACUGAAACUUUUCUGCCCACUCCUGCCACCCUGAGGCCAACCUCAGCUAAACCAUGAACAUCUCCGCCUCCAAUACCCAUGUCUCAACUCUGAGUAGAAACUGAAAUUAGGAGCUACUGUACUUUGGUCCUCUUUCUUUUUCAUCUCUUUAAAGAGAUGUGUGUUAUUUCUGAUUCAUUCCGUUGGCCUCUCUCUCUUUGGAUGACGUUGCAUAGAAUAGUUCAGAUAGAGCGCUGGUCCUAGAUCAGAUUGAGGAACAGUCAUUGACUUUAACUGUCCUGAAUCAGUAUUUUUGAAGAAGCUACAGCCUUGGCCAGCGCACCAUGCAGCACGUGUUGUUCUUGCUCAGUAACUGUGCAUGGACUCCAAAACCCCCCUAACAAACCAAGCAUCCUUACUGCGAGUCAUUCUUGUCAUCCAAUAUAUAAUAUAUUCAACAAAUAUAUAUAGAAACAUGUAUAAAAAAUAUACAAGUCCUUUGCCAUCUAAAUGUCCAUGAAACAUUUUGAAAGGAAGCGACACUAUGGCUAUAAGAUAUACCUGUAAAAUUGCGUAAGUGCAAGAACUAGGUCUCGUGUUAUGACAAGCAUGUAUCGAUUCAAAUAUUCAAAAGAGGCUAUUUUGUAAUUUAAAAAAAAGCAAUUUUAGUAAGUUAUUUCCUCACUUAUUGGAUAAGACUGAAACAAGUUCAUGUUUUGUAGUUAUUAGGUGUUUACAGUGUAACGCUUGGUGACAGUGUCAGACAGCUGGUGUGGUGUUGCUACGGGAUGCAUCUCCGUCCUGUUGAAGAGCAUCAUACACGUGUACCUGCUCAGUAGUUCAUUAUAGGAUCCUGUUUACACGUCAGAACGUUGUUACACACCGGAGCUGGUCCACACGCCUCCAUCCCAGAAAGGAAAUUGGCAAAAAGUGUGUUGUCUUUACCGCUGCGGGUAAUCAGAUUACAUGAUUGACGAGAGAACAGACUGAUGCUGCGCUCAUCAGGACUGAAUCUGAACCACAGAGGAAGACGCCACUGUUUGCAACAGGUGAUAUAGAGGAAGAGCAGCUAGUGUGUGUAUGUGUGUGUGUGUGUGUGUGUGUGUGUGUGUGUGUGUGUGUG